UAAGCUUCAUACUUUUUUUUUUUUUUUCUCUCUCAGAGAUAUUUUAAUUAUGUCAACAUUAUCUACUGCAAUUGCAAUCCCUCCAUAGAAACUGGAAAUUGGAGACACAGAGAAGAAAGUAAUUGAGUGUGUCUAAGACCAUGUUCUCUUCCUCUCCACCGUUUCCUUCAUCUUCUUCGUCUUCCGUUAUGAUGCUUCAUGAACAAGCUGCUCCAGCAGUUGCAUCCUGGUCCUCUAGUUCUACAGCUCGGCAUUUUCCUACCUCUGUUCUUUUACAAGAACAGCGUGAGGAGUAUAGGCCCUUACUGCACGCGUAUAAUAAGGAGGCAACGUUAAAUACAAGGCAGAUGGAUAUGUCCUCAGUUCAAGAGAAAUGCAACACAGGAAAUCCUGAUCAGUUGGUGCAUGAUUUUGUUCACCAGUUGCAUCUCCGGUCUCAUUUACAGAACUUACUGACUUGUUAUCCUACUAGGGAACUUGCUGCUUCUUUGACUCUUCAGCCUGUGGAUAACGACUCAGAGAGGCCUGCAGAUGGUCUGCCAAGUAAUGCGGUUUCUCUUGCUCAGCAAGCUUUGUCAGCCUCAAAGCAAGCAGCUUCAUCAGUUGAAGUUGAUGAUGAUGAUGAUCCACUUUCUUUUGGUUUGGCCUCCACAAGUUUGGUUGACUCUUCACCGAAAAGGAAUAAAAUUGUGAGGUCAACACGGAUUAUAGAAAGACGAUCUAAACAGAGAAAAGCAUCAAAGUCAAUACUCCUUGAUGAAGAAAGUUACCUUGACAGAAAAUCUUAUGUACAGAGAAAGUUACGUUUAGAAAAGAAAUUAAAUGAAGGAUUUGAUCAAAAUGACCCCCUGCGCAUGUUCUUGUCGGGUCCUGAAUCAAGGCAACUUUUGACCCGUGAAGAAGAGUCUGAAUUGAUUACUCAGCUUCAGGAUUUCUCAAGAUUGGAAGAAGUAAAGAUCAGGCUUCAAUCUCAGUUAAGACGGGAACCAACUUUAGCUGAAUGGGCUGAUGUCUUGGGCCUUAGUUGUUGUGCCCUGCAGACACAGCUUCAUUGUGUUAAGAGAAGCAAAGAAAAGCUGUUUCAUGCCAAUAUGCGCAUGGUAGUUCACAUUGCUAAACAUUAUCAGGGACGUGGUCUCAGCCUUCAGGACUUAUUACAGGAGGGAAGUACGGGUCUUAUGAAGAGCAUUGACAAAUUUAAACCAGGAGCUGGUUGCCGAUUUGGUACUUACGCAUACUGGUGGAUAAGGCAUUCGAUAAGGAAGGCAAUAUUUCUGCAUUCCAGGACUAUCCGUAUACCGGAGAAUUUAUAUAGACUUUUGGGCAAGGUCAUAGAAGCAAAGAAAUCAUUCAUUCAGGAGGGAAACAUUCACCCAUCCAAAGAAGAAUUAGCAAGAAGGGUGGGAAUUACAAUAGACAAGUUGGAAACUUUACUAUUUGCUUCAAGACAUCCAAUUUCCAUGCAGCAAACUGUGUGGGCGGACCAAGAGACAACUUUCCAGGAGAUUACCGCAGACUCAGCAAUUGAGAUCCCAGAUGUGUGUGUUUCAAAACAGCUAAUGAGAAGGCAUGUGCACAACCUCUUAAAUAUCUUAAGCCCUAAAGAAAAGAGCAUAAUCAGGCUAAGAUUUGGUAUUGAAGAUGGCAAGGAAAAAACAUUGCAAGAUAUAGGCAAGGUAUUUGGUUUGACCAAGGAAAGGGUCCGACAGUUGGAGAGCCGAGCAUUGUCCAAGCUCAAGGAGUGUCUUGAAAGUCAAGGACUCGACGCAUACAGUGACUUGCUUAUAUAGAUAAGUAGACACCAAGAUUAUGCAGUUCAUCUUAUUUCUCUAUGACAUUUUUUUCUGGCCAAGUGCAAAAGCAAUGACUAGAUCAAGCUUUUUGAAGAGAAAACUGACACCAUGGUAAUUGAGGAUGAACCGGGUACCUUUUUGGGGAUGAAGACAAUUGAAGAACUAAAAAAGCUUGUGCAGUUUGUAAAAAUUGAGAAGCCAAAUCAAUGCCAACGAAAAGAAAAACAUAUUUUGAUUUAAACUGCUGUAAUAUAUAGGUAGAAUCACAUGGGAUUUUUCUAUUUGCUUAUAAAUGAAGAGAUAUAUCUAUAUUGCACUGGAA